GUCCGGAACAAAAAGUUGCUUUUUUUUAUUGUUUGCAAAACUUCAAGAUACCAUGUCCUCACCACAGCAAAGAAUAAAUGCGGUCAAGCAGCAGUUGACACCCGAGCAAGUUCAUGCCAAGCUGGUCGAUCCGGUUGAAAGCAUGAGGGAAGAACGGGCCAAAGCUUCUUUUAACAUUCGUGAUUUGACCUAUCUGCUGGAUGGAGGUCAAAAGCAAACAGAGUUGAAAGAACGUAUGAUGCUGGAACUGGAGCGCGAUCCAUUAUUCAAGAUGGAUGAUAUUCACGAUAUCAGUAAAAGUGAAUUGCGUGAACGCACCAUGGAAAAGUUCCGCAGUUUAUUACAUCAUCUUCAAAAUGAAUCGGUUGACACUUUUAGAAAGCGCAUGGAAGUGGUGAGCAUGAUCGAUCCCGGCUUUUGGACCCGUUUUGGUGUACACUAUGGUUUAUUUGUCGGUGCAUUGCAGAGCAACGCUACACCUGGACAACUCGGCUAUUGGUUUGAAAAGGGCGCAUUAUCCCUCAAUGGAAUGAUUGGCUGUUUUGCCAUGACUGAACUGGGUCAUGGGUCCAACGUUCCUGGUUUGGAAACCACGGCUACUUUUGAUGAAGCAUCGGAUCAAUUUAUUAUCCAUACUCCGACAUUGACCGCUACCAAGUGGUGGAUUGGUGGUGCCGCACACAGCGCCACGCAUGCGGCGGUGUUUGCUCAGUUGAUCGUGAAGGGCAAACGUUAUGGUACCAAAUGUUUCGUUGUUCCAUUGCGAGACCCCAAGACUUAUCUUACCCUACCCGGUAUCAACAUCGGCGAUAUUGGCAAAAAGAUGGGCCGCGAUGGUAUUGAUAACGGUUACAUUCAAUUUACCAACGUUCGUAUUCCUCGAGGUUAUAUGCUUCAAAAGCAUACCAAGGUGUCGCGCUCGGGUGCGGUGAAAGAACCCAAAUUGCAGCAGUUGACAUAUGGAGCCCUUCUUCAAGGUCGUGUGGCCAUGGUCGUUGACAGUGGUAAUGUGUCCAAGAAAGCGUUAUCUAUUGCUAUUCGCUAUGCUGCCGUUCGUCGUCAAUUUGCCAGCUCCAAGUCCGGUGGCAUCGAAACCAAGUUGCUCGACUAUCCCAUCCAUCAACGCCGUUUAAUGCCCUUAUUGGCACAAACAUUUGCCAUGUUGUUCACCGGAGCGGAAAUGACGGCCAUGUACAACAACAUGAUGAACCGCUUGGAGAACGCCAAGUCCGGCGACAAAGACUUGGAACAAGUCCUGGAAAUGCUCAAGGAAACCCAUUCCACGAGCGCCGGUUUAAAGGCUUUUUGUACGUGGAACUGUCUCAAUACCAUUGAACAGUGCAGACAAGCAUGCGGCGGUCACGGUUACUCUGCCUACACCGGUUUGGCCGGCAUGUAUCAAGACUUUGCGGUCCAGUGCACUUGGGAAGGCGACAAUACGAUCCUCACUUUGCAAGCCGGUCGUUACCUGAUCAGCAGUUUCAACGAAGCAAUGAAGGGCAAGACCUUGUCCCCUGGUGUGGGUUACUUGAAUAAGCUGGAUUCUCUUAUUGGCAAGAAAUGCACUGUGCAACGUAUGGAAGAUAUUGUGACGCCUGAGGUCAUCAUUGAAGGCUGGCAAGUUGUAUGUGCCAAUGUGGUAAAAAAUGCGGCGAUGGAGUUUGAUGCUUGUCGUAAACGCGGACUCGAUAUCGACGACGCUUAUGAAGAAUGCUCUCAAUCCCGCCUUUACGCUGCCAAAUUGCACUCGUAUGGUUACUUGUUCAACCGAUUCGCGGAUGGCGUCGCCAAGGUGACGGGUGACGUCAAGCGUGUAUUGAUGGAUGUAUGCAUGCUGUAUGGUCUUUACACCGUUGAGGAAAAUGCGGGAGCUUUCCUUCAAUACGAGUACUUCACCCCCGCCCAAGUGGAGUAUAUUCGCAGCGUUACCAAUCAGCUCUGUAAAUCUGUGCGUGACCAAGCGAUUCCCUUGGUUGACUCCUUUAACUUGACCGAUUAUAUGAUCAACAGUCCCCUUGGUCGUGCUGACGGUAAUGUGUACGUGCACUACUUUGAACAGGUGCAACGAUCCAACCCUCAAGGAGAGCAUCCUUACUUUAACCGCUUGAUCAAACCACUGAUUGAGCGAAGCAUUGACGCUGGUGAAAUUGAGGAUGAAGAAGCCGGUUUGGAAGAAGAGGAGGACGAUGAAGAAUAGAAAAUGAUUACAUACCCGACCCAUCCUUCACCCCAGAUCCCACGGUGCUCCUCCUAUAGGAAGCCAAGAUAGACUAUUGUAAAACAAUAUUUAUUAUUUAUUUGUAAUUUAACCUGUUGUAUGCUAAUGUCAUGCUAUGACUCAUGUCAAUGUCCUCGAAAAUAAACCAUGUUGA